ACUUGAUAUUACUUCCCUCAAGUGGGCGCCACAAUAUUUUCGCCCGGGGUAUCAGUGGCCCUUACGCCGACACUGAUUAUAACCUCUUGGACGAAGUCACAGGUAAAUUAAGACUAAGUGUGAGCUGUUUUCAACUUUUCAACUAACAUUUCAUGGGUCCAUUUUGGCAUAAUAUAACGUAAAGGUAAAGAGCUAAAUUAAAUAUUGCCGCGUUUAUAUUGCGGCCAAUGUCCUUUACUUAGGAUAAAGCAAAAAAUUCUGAAUAUUGGAAAUUAUGAUCUAAUUGAAUUAUUAUUUUAUUGACUAAGUACAACUCAAUUAGAUAUCAUCCAUUCAUACCAUAUCGGGCUCAGGUUCUUACGGCAUAAUGCCCUAAAGGAACCCUGUAGGUUUUACGUUUUAAAAUGUAGAAGUCGGUAAUAUCUUGUAGGACAUGCGCAGCGAAUCGCAGUAAAAACUCUUUUGAUCUUGACAGUUAGGACUGGCUUAAAAAAACAUGAAACAAAUCUAUAUUGUUUAGCGCAAACCUCACGGCUGUCAGUCGCCAGAAUUUUCCCCUUUCCAAGUAAUGUGGCUGAAGAUUCUAUGCAUAGUCGUAAUAGCGAGCGGUGCAGUCGCGCAGGACAAGCUCCUGAACACGCUGUACGGCGUGGAGGGCCGCAACCGCAUGUCGGUGUGCGUGCGCGCGCCCAGCGGCCGCGUGUGGAGCUGCGACGCCGCGCUGCUCAACCGCGAGUGGCUGCUCACGCGCGCGCUCUGUCUGGGCGCCGCGCCGCGCGACAACAUGGCCGCCGUGCGCGAGGCCGACGCGGCCGGCUGCCAGGAGUUCAUGAGCACCGGAAAGACGGUAUACAACUCUCGCAUGAUCAGAGAAAAAGUGAUGCACCCAUGGUUCAACCUGGCGAUAUUGAUUGUGGACCGGCCAUAUAAUAAUCUAAGUAAACUCUCCAACAUUACUCAGAUUCGCUUGCAACUCGAAGAACAUGGUGUUUUGAGUUGGAUGAAGAACUACUUUAAGGUAUAUGCCUUAACGCGUGACACAGACUAUCACUUAAACCUAGUUGCCCGGAACAUGAAGACAAACCACUACCCCGUCUGGAUGUUCUUAUUAACAAUUUUCUUGCCAUCAGUGUCUUUCAUACUAGUCUUCAUUUAUGUUAUAUUCUAUACUGGCUCACCUGCUGUGCCCUAUAAGAAUUUAUCUCCUAAGAAAGUUACACAAGUUUAACUCUAAUUGUUUAUUUCUUAUUAUAGUUAUUUGAUAAAUA